GUUCACACACUGACACACCGCACUGGUGUUCUUCUCCUCCAUUAUUUAUUCGACCACCACCUCUCUCUUCCGCUUCUCAUUUCCUUCCUUUUCACCACCCACAAUGGCCGCCGGAAUAAUAUCCUCCGGCCUCCUUUCCACCCUACUUCUACUGCUGCUAUCAGUCUCCGCCAACUCUCUCAGUUACCAAACCCUCACCCCUCACUCUCUCCCUCAACCCAACAAAUCCCCUUUCACUGAUUCAUCAGAUUCCCAAACCCUAACCUCAUCAAACAUCGAAAACGAAAAUGAAAACACAAUCUCUCUAGAUUUACACCAUCUAGACACUCUCGCGGUCCCCACCAAUGCAACCGCCGAGAGCCUCUUCAAACACCGUCUCCUCCGUGACUCAAUUAGAGUCAAAACCAUCACUUCCCUUGCUGCCGUCAAGGGACACGCAAACGCCACCCGACCAGGCCGGAGCAAGGCGGAUUUCAGUAGCUCAGUGAUCUCCGGUCUUGCACAGGGUUCCGGUGAGUAUUUCACCCGCAUCGGAAUAGGAACUCCGCCUAGGUAUGCCUACAUGGUGUUGGACACCGGGAGCGACAUCGUUUGGAUCCAGUGCGCUCCUUGCCGGAGAUGUUACACACAAUCCGAUCCCAUUUUUGAUCCGUCUAAAUCCAAGACAUUUGGUGGCGUCGCUUGUGGAACCCCUCUCUGUAACCACCUCGAUUCGCCGGGAUGCAACCAGCGGAAGAAAUGUAUGUACCAAGUGUCCUACGGCGACGGUUCGUUCACCGUCGGCGAGUUCUCCACCGAAACCCUCACCUUCCGGAAAACCAAAGUGAACAACAUAGCUUUUGGAUGCGGCCACGACAACGAAGGGUUGUUCGUCGGUGCCGCCGGUUUAUUGGGUCUGGGUCGGGGCAAGUUAUCUUUCCCUAAUCAAGCGGGUCGUCAAUUCGGGUCAAAGUUUUCUUAUUGCCUCGUCGAUCGGUCCAUGUCGGCAAAACCUUCCUCUUUAGUCUUCGGAAACGCCGCCGUUUCACGUGUGGCCCGUUUCACUCCUCUACUCAACAACCCAAAACUCGACACAUUUUACUACGUGGGACUCACCGGAGUCUCCGUGGGAGGCGUUCGAGUUCCCGGAAUUUCGAGCUCACUCUUCGAGCUAGACAACUCCGGCAACGGCGGUGUAAUCAUCGACUCAGGCACCUCAGUAACCCGUCUGACCCGACCGGCGUACGUUGCGCUGCGAAAUGCAUUCUUGUCGGGAGCAUCUCACUUGAAGAGAGGCCCAAAUUUUUCGCUUUUCGAUGCUUGUUUUGAUCUUUCGGGGAAGACAGAGGUGAAGGUGCCAACGGUGGUGAUGCAUUUCACAGGUGCUGACGUGUCGUUGCCGGCGUCAAAUUACUUGAUUCCGGUGGACAGCAGUGGGAACUUCUGUUUCGCUUUUGCAGGUACGUCGAGUGGGUUGUCGAUCAUCGGAAACAUCCAGCAACAAGGAUUCCGGGUGGUUUAUGAUUUGGCGGGUUCCCGGGUCGGUUUUACACCGAGAGGGUGUGCUUAGUUGGGUUUUGGGUUUUUAGUCACUUUUUACCUUUUUAAUCGAAGCAAAUUAAGAAAGAAAGAAAAGGGAACAUGUAUUUUGUUGUGUUGCGUUGUGUAUUUGGUAAAAUUAUUAUGAGAAAAAAAAAAAGUAGAAAGAAAGAAAGGUGUAGGCCAUACCAGGAUUCUAUUCUAUUAUUAUCAUUAUUAUUAUAAUAUUACGAGUUUAAAAUAAGAUAAUUGCAAAAUCCUGAAUUUAUUAAUCAUGUGAUAGGAUGGGAUGGGAUGGGAUGGGAUGUUUUUUAGCUUCAAGGUAUGUUUGUUACUUUGUUUUUUUGUCUUCUUCAACUUGGGUCAAUUUUUAGUUUUACCGAAAAUUAAAGAUAAAUACAUACGACUUAUGUUGUAAUCUUUCCAUUUGCAUAUAAGUAUAUUGGUUUGUUACUAGUA